CUCUUUAGCUAACUUCUCUCUCCGAUUGCUGCCAUUUCAUAGCUAACUCUUUGUUAUAGAGAGCUGCCAUGACAGAGCCAGAGUCUUCUCGAUGUAGACCUGAAGGGACCUAUGAUGUCUUCUUGAGCUUUAGAGGAAAAGACACUCGCAAGACAUUUACAAAUCAUCUAUAUACUGCCCUAGUCCAAGCAGGAAUCCACACUUAUCGAGAUGAUGAUGAACUUCCUAGAGGAGAAGAAAUCUCCGAUCAUCUCCUCAGGGCUAUUCAAAAAUCAAAGAUAUCCAUACCUGUCUUCUCAAAAGGAUAUGCUUCUUCUAGAUGGUGUCUCAAUGAACUUCUAGAGAUUCUUAAGUGCAAAAAUAGGAAAACCGGUCAGAUUGUUCUUCCUAUAUUCUAUGACAUUGAUCCUUCAGAUGUGAGAAAACAGAAUGACAGUUUUGCAGAAGCAUUUGUUAAACAUGAAAAGCGUUUCGAAGAGAAGUUGGUGAAGGAGUGGAGAAAAGCUCUUGAGGAGGCCGGAAACCUAUCUGGAUGGAAUCUCAAUGCUAUGGCAAAUGGGUAUGAAGCAAAAUUUAUCAAGAAGAUUAUCAAGGAUGUGUUGAAUAAAUUAGAUCCCAAGUACUUAUAUGUUCCUGAGCACCUAGUAGGCAUGGAUCGGCUUGCUCACGAUAUUUUUUACUUUCUAAGUACUGCAACAGAUGAUGUACGCAUUGCGGGCAUACAUGGGAUGCCAGGAAUAGGAAAGACGACUAUAGCAAAAGUUGUAUUUAAUCAACUCUGCUAUGGAUUCGAGGGAAGCUGUUUUCUUUCGAAUAUCAAUGAAACAUCAAAACAGUUAAAUGGUCUGGCUCUUUUACAAAAGCAACUUCUUCAUGAUAUUUUGAAACAAGAUGUUGCAAACAUCAACAAUGUUGAUAGAGGAAAGGUUCUUAUCAGAGAACGGCUUUGUUGCAAAAGAGUUCUUGUUGUUGCUGAUGAUGUGGCUCGUCAGGACCAACUAAAUGCUUUGAUGGGACAGCGAAGUUGGUUUGGUCCCGGAAGUAGAGUAAUUAUGACAACAAGAGAUUCAAAUCUUCUUCGUAAAGCGGAUCGAACAUAUCAGAUUGAAGAAUUGACACGAGAUCAGUCCCUUCAGCUUUUCAGCUGGCAUGCCUUUAAGGACACCAAGCCAGCAGAAGAUUAUAUUGAGCUUUCGAAGGAUGCAGUUGAUUACUGUGGAGGACUUCCUUUAGCUCUUGAGGUUAUAGGGGCUUGUCUGUCCGGGGAAGAAAAAUAUAUAUGGAAAAGUGAAAUUGACAAAUUGAGAAGAAUUCCAAAACACGAUAUUCAAGGAAAGCUUAGAAUAAGUUUUGACGCACUGGACGGUGAAGAACUACAAAAUGCAUUCCUUGAUAUCGCUUGCUUCUUUAUUGAUAUAGAGAAAGAGUACAUCACAAAAGUGCUAGGCGCCCGUUGCAGUUACGAUCCAGAAAUUGAUUUGAAAACUCUCCGUAAAAGGUCUCUGAUUAAAGUAUUGGGAGGGACGAUAACCAUGCAUGAUCUAUUACGAGACAUGGGAAGGGAGGUCGUUCGUGAAACGUCUCCAAAAGAACCUGGAAAGAGGACCAGAAUUUGGAAUCAAGAGGAUGCAUGGAAUGUACUUGAGCAGCAGAAGGGUACGGAUGUUGUAGAGGGUCUUGCACUGGAUGUUAGAGCAUCAGAAGCUAAAUCACUUAGCGCAGGAUCAUUUGCAAAAAUGAAACGUUUAAAUUUACUCCAAAUCAAUGGAGUACAUCUCACCGGAUCCCUCAAACUGCUUUCUAAAGUGUUGAUGUGGAUUUGCUGGCAUGAAUGUCCUUUGAAAUAUUUUCCAUCUGAUAUUACACUGGAUAAUCUAGCUGUUCUUGAUAUGCAGUACAGUAACCUCAAAGAACUAUGGAAAGGAGAAAAGAUUCUCAACAAGCUAAAAAUCAUUAAUCUCAGUCAUUCUCAGAACCUUGUUAAAACACCAAACUUGCACAGUUCAAGUCUAGAGAAACUAAUUCUGGAAGGUUGCUCGAGUUUAGUUAAGGUACAUGAAUCAAUUAAAAAUUUGACGAGCCUUGUUUUCUUGAAUCUAGAGGGAUGUUGGAGGCUAAAGAUUCUCCCAGAAAGCAUUGGCAAUGUAAAGUCUCUUAAGAGUAUGAAUAUUUCUGGGUGUUCACAACUUGAGAAAUUGCCAGAACACAUGGAUGAUAUGGAAUCCUUAAUUGAGCUGCUAGCGGAUGGGAUUGAAAAUGAGCAAUUUCUCUCUUCAAUUAGACAAUUAAAGUAUAUCAGAAGAUUAUCAUUGCGUGGAUACAAUUUCAGCCAGAACUCACCAUCAUCUACAUUUUGGCUUUCACCGUCAUCUACAUUUUGGCCUCCAUCCAUUUCUUCAUUUAUUUCAGCAAGUGUUUUAUGUUUGAAACGUUCGCUGCCAAAAGCUUUCAUUGAUUGGAGAUUAGUGAAAAGUCUUGAACUUCCUGAUGCUGGUUUGUCUGAUCACACAACUAACUGUGUUGAUUUUAGGGGUUUGUCCUCUCUAGAAGUAUUGGAUCUAUCAAGAAACAAAUUUUCUAGCCUACCUUCUGGGAUCGCCUUCCUUCCCAAUCUAGGGAGUUUGAUUGUUGUUGGAUGCAACAAUCUUGUAUCAAUCCCAGAUCUUCCCUCAAAUUUAGGCUAUUUGGGUGCAACUUAUUGCAAAUCAUUGGAAAGAGUAAGAAUACCAAUCGCGUCAAAAAAAGAACUAUAUAUAAAUCUACAUGAAAGUCAUUCAUUAGAAGAGAUUCAGGGCAUCGAAGAUCAAAGUAAUAUUUUCUGGUAUAUUAGUGUUGAGGACCGCAGUUAUUCACCAAAUAAAUUACAGAAGAGCGUUGUUGAGGCAAUGUGCAACGGUGGUCACAUUUAUCACUUUCAUGCUGAGCGCAUUCCUGGUGAGAUGCCAAAAUGGUUGAGCUACCGUGGAGAAGGAUGCUCAUUGUCAUUCCAUAUACCUCCAGUCUUCCAAGGCUUAGUUGUUUGGGUUGUAUGUCCACUUCAGAAGUCUGUUCACUAUUAUAACAAAAACACUCACAUUAUUACUAUAAGAAAUAAAAGCAACGGUAUUCAAUUGUUUGAAUAUAAACGAAGAGCAGCAACUGGGGGAUUGAUAAGAUACAUAAGUAUAAGUGAAAUGGCAAUGGAAGAUUACUGUGGAGAUGACGAAUUGGAACUAUACAUAUAUUCAGAGCCAAGAGGAGAUGCAGCGCGCAUCAUUAAAGAAUGUGGGGUUCAUGUGAUCGCAAAGAAGUCAGAUUCAUUUGAAGAGUCAGAAGUGGGAAGAAAUAUAGUGAUGUCUUCACCACCGCCAUAUCAUUUGCUUCCUCAUCCACAUUGUGGUUCAAUUACGGCGUCGACACCAAAGCAAUGGAGUGACUAUUUAUUUGCGAAGCUGCAAAAACAUGACCUCAAUUUAAUGCUUCAUGGAGGAGCGACCAGGAUUGGAUCUUCUGUUGGAGGAGGUCACGAGACAAGCGGAGCAGGAGGAUUCACAGGGGGAGUACAACAACAACAAGGAAGCGCACAAAUUAAGCAUCGGUGGCAGGUAGUUGUUCCAUGCCUAUACUCUCCUUAAUUGAUAAUAAACUUUGUAUUCAAAUUUAUGCUAGAGUCAAUACUUGUGAAUAUGGCCAAAGAAAGAAUAGAUAUGGUGAAAUGGAUGUGGAUCGAAAUCUAAUUUUUGGUUGUAGACUCAUGGACUUUGAUUUCGAAUAAGGACCUAUAUGAAAAACCCAAAACGACCACUGUUGGACUUGAUUAGCCGAUCUCCAAUAGGGGUGGCUAAUGAUGUUGGCAAAAAAAUUGUUAACAUCAGCAUGAUCUUGAUGAAAUUAUAAUGAACGUUGAACUUGAUUAACUAUUCAUAACAAGAAUAGUUAAUGAUACCGAUGGAUAAUGUUGGUAUUGGCAAGCUCAUAAUAACUUAAUUAGCUUCCUAUGGAGGAAGUUAAUGAUGUCAAGAGAACUUGGCAUCGGCAUUACCUGAAACACCUCCAAGUGAGAUGAAAGGAAUUGAUUGAUUAUUUUGGGUUGAAUAUAGUCAAUGGUACUGACCGAUUAAGUUGGUGUUGGCAUUACUAAGGAUUUGAUUAGUCGAUUUGGGUAAAGGCGACUAAUGACACUAAUAGGAGUUAGUAGUGUCGGCAGCGACCCCCUCACAACUUGGGGUAGGGUAAUGAGAUGGGUGUAUCCGACGAAGAAUAAUGUUUAAUAAUUGAAAAGAAAAUCAUAUGUGGAUUGUGGAAGGAUAUGCUCUAUAUAUAAUAAAGGAAGCGUCAAAUGUGUUCUUCUUUAGUGGAUCAACCAUGUUUAUGCCCGAUUAAAUGGGUACUUGCAUACAUAGAUAC